CACUGAUAGGCAGCACUGACAGGCGUCACUGACUGGCACUGAUGCGCGCUGAUAGGUGACACUGACUGGCACUGAUGGGUGACAUUGAAAGGCAGCUCAGAUGGGCACUGAUAUGUGGCAUUGAUGUGCACUGGUAUGCACUGAUAUGUGGCAUUGAUGUGGCACUGAUGGGCACUGACAGGUGGCACUUCUGGGGCCACACUUAUCAUCAGGGUACACUGAUCAUUAGUGCCCUGAUGAUCACUGUCAGCGUGACCGCUCGAGAGGAGAGAAAUGCUAAUAACCAGCAUUUCCGUGUUUACAUGUAAUCAGCUGUGAUUGGACACA